GACCUCAGUAAAGCUGUGGAGAUUUCUGUAAACACUUAUUUAUUUACAGUGGUUUAUUUACACUGAUUUAUUUACACUAAUUUGUAUAGGUGAAUGUGGCUUUAAGACUGGAGCAUGUGGGUGUUUCCCCACUAAGCAAAACAAGCUUAUGCAGAGGACCUACUGCUUUCUCCUGCAGAAAUCUCACAGCGCUGUAAUUAGCUAAACUGAGCUCAAAUCAAGUUAAUACUGCAGUUAGUUAUUAAACGUUUAGAAUAAUAUGCUUCAGCUGAAUGACACGAUGGACCCGGAGAGUCCAGGGGCUGCGGUUCUUCACGCCGACGGGGUUGAGGACGCGCUGGACGGGCUGGAAGUGGCGUUCAGUCCGGGGCGUGAGGCCCAAUCUGUCCUCGGCUUCGGAGCUGCUGUAGCCUGCUGCUCCCCUCUCCAAAAACUCACGCCUUUUCACGUCCAAAACCCAACCAUGCGUGCAAAAGUGAAGGAUUACUUCGUGUUUAGGCCAGGAACCAUCGAGCAGGCGGUGAACGAUAUCCGCACAGUGGCUUUGCCUUCAGAAGAUGGCGAGGUUCUGAGCGUGUGGCUCGUAGCAGAAGUCGAUCACUGGAACAAUGAAAAGGAGAGACUGGUGCUCAUAACCGAGAGAUCUCUUCUGGUUUGCAAAUAUGACUUCAUAAACUUGCUGUGUCAGCAGGUCAUCAGAAUUUCCUUAAACGCUGUGGACACCAUUUCAGUUGGAGAGUUCGAGUUUCCACCAAAAUCUCUGAAUAAGAGAGAGGGAAGUGGCGUUCGCAUACAUUGGGAUAAACGACCGAGGCCUUCUUUCCUAAACCGCUGGAACCCCUGGUCCACUGACAUGCCCUAUGCCACCUUCACAGAGCACCCCAUGGCCCACGCUGAUGAAAAGGUGGCUUCCCUUUGCCAGCUGGAGAACUUUAAAAUUCAGCUGAUCCAGGCGGUAAAGCGAGCCCAUAAGGAGUUUCCCAUCCCGGGCCGGUCGAACGGGGUGCUGCUGCUGGAGCGGCCGCUGCUCAUCGAGACCUACCUGGGCAUCAUGUCCUUCAUCAACAACGAGGCCAAACUGGGCUACUCCAUGACCAGAGGCAAGAUCGGCUUCUAGUUCAUCUAACCCGCAUUGCUGCACUUGAAUAUGUCGAGCUCCAUGAAUCCCUUUUGUGUUGCUUGCCGGAUUUCAGUGGGGUGUGAAGCAUGCCCCUCUUCACACCACCAGUGUGCCUCGCUGGCUCCUCAGCAUGUGCCUGGAAGCGUCCGAUGCCAACGUUGAUGCCCCUUUACUGGGCUCGUGCCAUCCUGCUUCAUUUUUGUGUCCCACUCUACUAAGUGUGUUUCCUAAACAGUAUGUCGAUGUGGGAUUUGGAGUGUGUGAUGCUGGUGCGCUUUAUAUACAUGUACAAGUAAUGGAAUAGGACAAAAUAUUUGCCAUAAUGAUCUUAGGUAUUAGGCUUAAAUUAAGAAAAAAAAAAAUCAAUUUAGUGUGUAAUUCACCACGACCCUUUUUUAACAUGCUUGAUCAGUUGGUCAGAUUAAUGAUGGGGACAGACUGAUAGAAAAUGUUCAUUGGCGGUGUACAUUUGAAUAUCCAUAAUUUCAGUAUUCAGCAACAGCAGAAAACAUACACACCCGUUUAUUAUUUUAUUUUUAUUGCAUGUAGUAGAAGUGCAACGUACACUGAUUAGCCUUGGCGUUUAUGAUUUUUGACCCGUUGCUAUGACGAUACAGGAAACAGCAGUCAGACCAAACGGCAAUAAUAUUUCUAGCUCAAUGAAGGGGAAAGGAGGCUAGAUGUAACAGAUGAGACUUAUGAGCCUUUGCGUGUGUUCUCUUUGAUUGGCUAAAAAUAAAAAAGGAGACGCCUCUAAUUAAUUAGCAUUCACUCCAGCCUUGCUGUUUUCUUACUGUUGCUUGGCGCACAUCUGUUCAAAAACAAAUUAGCUAGCUAACUUUACCUCAACGUUCUCUCACAUCUCGCACACAGUUAGUAGACUGUAUAAAGCUUAUACACUCAGCCGGUUGCUAAAUCCAAACCUACAGUUCUAUAUGAAGUCACAAGAUGCUGUUGGCAUGGAGUCAUCCUGUCCACCGACUUACAGAAAACUUCCUGGAUUUUCUUGCAAGUAACGUUGGUCCCUUUUGAUAUAGUAAUUACUAAGUUUUUUUUUUUUUUUUUUUUUUUUUUUUUAAAUUGUGGACAGCAGCUAGGUGAACGACUUUCUCACGGUUACACCGAAACUAGUAGUGUUGUCAUCGUUAAGCUAUAAGUAUGAGAAAUUUCAAUGAAAUUCCUGUUCAAACAUUUUCUUAAAUGACCUUUUUUUAAAAAAAAAAAAAAAAUCAUAUUACAAGUACUAAGCAUUAUUAUAACCACUAUUCCUAAAUUAAUUCAUUUUAAAAAUCUACUGUGAUUGUCAAGUUUGAAACCUAGUAUUAAAACAAAAAAAAAGGACAUUCUUGCAUCGAUGAAUUUUAACAUUACUGCCACUGAUGUUUCUAAGAUUAGUAAUCUUACUAUGUGAUCUAAACUGUGUCUGCUUGCACCAGCCAGGCACUGAAGAAUAAUAACAUUAAUUGAUUUAAUUCAUGUGUGAAUUCAGCUCUCAUUAACCAAUGAGUGACGACUUGUUGACUCGUGUGUAGGGAAGUGAUGUGUAAAUUGAUCUCUGUGGAACCAGACUGUUUAUGCAGCGAGUUUUGAAUGGAGCGACUCAUGAAGCAAAAGGUGAUGAUGAUUGUACUAAUAACGUAAAGAACUGUAAAGUCAUACGCUGCUGAAAGCUCGUUGUUGGUAAGCAGCUUCCGCGGGUGAAAGUUGAGGAGUUUGUUCAUAAUAGUUUGAACUGAUGAAUUAUGUUCCAUUUCAGUCCAAACAUUUCCUAUGAUUAUAAAUGUACUCAUUAUUAUUUAUUAACGUAAAUGAAAAAUCCACUGUGAAUGACUUGCAUAUUGAUCUUUAUAAAUAACACGUGCUCUUCCUGUGAUUUUUUAUUUUUUUUUUUCUUUUCUUUUGUAAGGAAAUGGAGUUUAAAUUUUUUUGGUCUAUUUGUCACUGAUCACCUUUACUUCACUUUUAUUUACCCACAAUGCCAUUCAACUACCAGCAGUGCAACUGCGAUUUAGCCCUCGCUCCAAAGAGAGCGAUGCAGCAGCGCUUUAAUCCUUUAAUCAGUCCAGCUUUCUCACUUCAUCUGUACGCAACUCAACAGAUCAGUUUCCAAAACAUCCGACUAACGCCAACUAUCCGAGCUGUGUCUCUGUCGUAACUCCGUGCACCUGCACUGCAUUCUGGAACUUUGAGGCCAGCAUUUCCUGUCUCUUCUACAGUGGAUUUCUCAUUAAUAUGAUGUUGAAUGGGUCUGGAAAAAGCAGCUCUUGCUCAUUUGUUUUAGCAGCUGACAUAAACCUGACCAUUAUCUCUUAUGUUUGAGAUUUUUCUCCUUGAAUUCCUAUUAAUUGCCAUAGCAACUGUGCUAGCAUUGCACUCCUGUGCCACAUCUGCGAACUUCUCACUGGAAUAAUGAAAACACCGCACCAACCAACAAAUCUGCACCAGAAUGGCCAAACACAUCACAAAUGUUCCAAUGUAAACAUUAUUUUAAAAUCUUUUUCAGUGUAGACUUUUCCUGAAUAUAAAAGGCCCAGAGGUCCUGUUGUAUGGCAAGGAUAUUGCAAUGUGAUGACUUUUUUUUUUUUAAGCAUUGAUCUGUUCCAUUCUCAUCAUGCAAGACGUUCUGCCUCACUUCAUAGCAGCGAAGUCUGUGCAAGAUGUUCCCUCGCUGUAACUAAAGUGGCCCGGUUUGUGACGUUAAUCCCGGCUCAGGUUAGGUUAGUAAUUUAGUAACUUUCAUUUUAAAUGCUGCUUUAUUGUUCAAGGAUGCAAAUGAGGGUUAGGAGUUUAAUUCUAACCGGAGGUGAUUAGUGCAGAGGAUUUAAUACGGGUUCCCUAAUAGAUUAUUUCCUUGUAUGCACUUUUAUUUAUUUUUUUUCUUUCUCUCUCUCUCUCUCACAGUACAAGGUUAUGUGUUUUGUACUGAACCUCCUAGUGAUGGCACUGUUUGAAGGAUUUUUCUUUUGUACAAAUGUAAAGUGUUGCAUGUGAACUGUGCAUGUGGGUUACUGUGUAAAAAGUGCUUUUACGUGUGUGACAUUUUGUAAUCUGGUCGUUGCUUCGAAUCACCCAUUACAGCUUUUACACCCCUUUUUCUCUGGCAAAACAUAUCUAAUUAAUACUAAUUACCCCUCACUCAAUAGAACUACUGUCGCUCCUCAAUUUUAUGAUGUCUAACCGCUGGACCACUUUCUGAGACCCAAAUUACCUCCGAUUAUUAGUUACUGUUGCCCCUUUUCAUGCUUAAGGUUGGUUUUCGGCACCAGCCUCAGCAUUGUCGUCUACAUCUCAGUUCUGUUGAUUUGUACUGUACCGAUGCUCAUGCUAAAACUUAUUAAAAUUGCUGUACAUUCUUGUA